GGUCAUACUAACAAAUCAGCUGUUCCGUUUGAUAACAUAACACUGGGAUUUCGAGUCCACCUGGUUUUUUCCAAAUUGAUCACUGAAAACCCGCCAGGAGAUGCAGUUCCUCCGCGUGGGUGGUCGUAUAACGGCAUUGCGCCAGAGAUUGGCCGACAGGAUCCAGAUGCCGGAGCGCUUCAAGGGCACGGUGGUGGAGAAGUGGGUGCAGUACUGGAACGGCCUGGUCAGGGACUACUCAGAGGUGGCGGUCGGCGUGGUACGCGAGUCCUACACGAAACCCAAAAAGGCCCUGCUCUAUGGAACCGGAAUGCUGUUCCUCUACCAGGCCGGUCUAAAUAAUCCCGACGACGAGGCCUUUAUGACCCUGCUGAGGGGAGCCACAAACCGGAUGAUCACUGUGCCGCCGGAACUCCAGAAUCCCGUGUCCGCCGACUACCUGCUAACCCUGGAGAGGGCCAUCAAUCAGAAGAAACUGCGACUCCUAUCGCUGGGCAUUUGCACCAUCCUCUGGGUGGAUCUCUACGACGAGGACGACUGCACAUAUCCGGCCAUCUGCGAAUACACAACCGUGGGCCUGCUCAACUUCCACGAGCGGAUCAUCGACGUGGGCUUCUGGAAUCAGUACUGGCGACUCAAAUGGAAGAUGCGCAACUACGAUGUCAACUACCUGUGAUCCCUCCCUUCUUCCUCAUACCAUGUUCACUGUUAAAGUCCCUCGAGGAAAUACCAAUAUAUGUAUGUUUUUAGUAAAGGUACUAUGAUACUA